AUGCCCUCUUCCAACCCGCCCCUAACCCUCGACACCAAUGUGUUACAACACCCUUCCCACCCUUCAGCCAUUAUUCAAGUUCCCGCAUCGUGGGACUCGUCAGAAUCGCCGUCCCGACCAUCCAUUGACUCGCCAAGAGUGUCUGGGUCACUCGGGGUCUCACCAAAGACCGUGUCCACCUCAUCGCUCCGCGCUGCUAUCGAUAUUCCCCUUCCCCACCCCGAACCUCCACUCUCGGUCCGUGUCCACAGAGAAUCCCACUCACCAUCGCAGCUGUCCGCAACCUCCUCGUCGUCGGAAUCAAAGAGCUUUGGCUGGCCACCACCAACCUCUUCGACGUCUAGGCGAGAUCCGUUUCCCACUGCCACGACCUUUGCGGAAGAUCCGUUCGGCCACUCGAGCUCGAGCUCGUCCAGUGACGACCAUGGCCCACAAAUAGCAACGACGCGGCCGCCGCCGACAUCCCCCCUCUCCACCUCGAAAGUGCCAGAUAAACCGCACCCACUAGUAUGCGCACAUCCAUCGGCGGCACAAUCGCUCGCAACCCCACCAGCUCUCAACCGUUCGUUCUCGUCAUCCAAGGGCGUGAGCGGCCUGCUCCAGCCCAAGGGCGGCGCCAAGGAAGAUCCAUACAGCUCGAUCUCGGUGGAGCUCGUCGACUCUCUACGGACCGCGAUCCAGACAUUACUAUACGUUUCGCCGCCGCAUCUCCUUGACAAUGCCAAGGAACAGUAUUCAGGCUGCGCGAUUCAGGUGCCAGCAACGUCAGUCUCAGCACUCCUGACGUCGUUCCGCGGCCUCAACUACCUGUGUGCCAACCUCGUGCCGAUCUGCAACGGAGGAACUGGGCCAGUUCGCCAUAUGGAAGAUUUUGACAUUGGCGAGCUUCUCCAGAAUGUCGCCGACCAGCUGAGCAGCGAGGCGGCCCAGGCUGAGGUCGAUCUCGUCCUUUUUCAUGGCGAUGUCGGCAUGAAGCAUGUCAACAUGUAUGGCGAUCGUAAUGGCAUCGCACUCGUGUACGGACACGUCCUCCGCCAGAUCCUUAGCGUUUGUGACAAGGGUGACACGCUCGAGCUUGGGCUGCAGAUCCUUCCGCAAUCGGGCCAGGUGUCGCGCAGCUCACUUGCCAACGUCCACCAGGACGUGGACCGUGAUCGGAGACGGAACUCGUCCUGGUCCUCGCUCGACGACCAUAAUGGCCCGUUCAUGUGCGUCUUCGAGAUUGUCCACAACGUCGCGCAACACACCGACUCGAAUGCCGCGACACCGAAGGCUGAGCUCAACCCGUUCACUCAUUUAGCCGAACAGAAGGAGGCCGCCACGCCCCACUUGGACACCACGUUCACGCACAGUCUGCUCCGUCAGGUAAAUGCGUGGGUCAGGACGGACGCCGUCCCCUCGUCGCCAAGCAGCUUUGGCGUGCCGCGUCAUGCGUACGAGCUGUAUGUCGUGCUCAGCCGCGGAGCACCGAUCACCGAGCCCCUACCUCUUACGGCUGAAGAGGAGGCCGACCGCCAGCCGUUCUCGGGCCUCACACUCCCCCGUGAACCGACGUUGGCCGAGCUGGAAGAGUUCGCGGAAAGUCUCCGGGGCAAAAAGGUCAACCUCCAUGCGAGCUUGGCGAGCGUAUUUGCGAGGCACCUCACUAGCUACCUCACUGCCUGGGGUCUCGAUGUCUCGCACAUCCCAAUAGAGGAUGAGACGACGCAUGUGCAAUCCACUUCCGCGGAGUCCUCUCAAAACUCCAAGUUCGUCAUCAUCGACGAGGACGUGUUCGUUCUCAAGCGUGAAUUGGGCGAGUUGGGAAAACUGCGAACUGAAAACGCUCCCUCAUUACUCCGGACCAAGUCCACAAGACGGCCAGGCCUGGGACGCAACUCGCGCUCCGCCAUGACGGUGCGACCACCGCCGAACGUAAUCAUCAUCCACUUCACCAGCCUGGACAAGUAUCACCAGGUGCGUGAUGUGGUGGCUUCGUUAGGCAACAUCAGCAACCUCGAGGUGAUGGUUGUGCCUAAGCCGGUCGGCCCGCGGCGCUUCCUAACAGCACUAUACACGGCUGUGAGGCAGCAGCCGGUGGACCCCUCGUUCCAGCCGAUCGCAACUAGCCCGCGGUCGCCGCAUAUCGCCUCUGGGAAUCGCACUCCGACCGGCGUCAUUCAGGAGGGCUUCUUUGACUCGUUCGACUCAAACACGUUACACCCAGAAGCUGGCAUCGUCAAGGCCGUGCGGUCGCCUCUUGGCGAGCAUCCGCCGGCCCUGAUGCGGGCGCUCUCGACCGAUCCGUUGCGAUUGUCGGCCGCGAACAACGACGAGCUUGUGACAACGCCAGCGUCCGAAUACUUUUCGCGGCCGUCUUUGAAACGCUCUGGGGCGUCCGGCGUGGUGCUCCAGAGUCCUGACGGCCGCCCGGUCGGGAUGUACUUUGAGCCGCCAUCCAGCUCGAACUUGGCUAUACUCCGGCACCGACCCGACAACGCUCCGCGGCGUCAGACGUCGAGCAGGCAGACGACGGCCGAGACAGACCCAGUCGACUUGGCCGGCAUGUCGGCUCCAAGCGAGUCGCCGAACAGCAGCAGGAGAUUAUCAGCCGUGUCCGGCGUGAGCGACGUCGUUGAGCAGCCCGAACACGUUUCCACUCCAUUAUCUUCGCCCGCUCCACCUGCUCCGCAGAGGCGCAAAACCUUGCCUACGCCGCCUGACGCCAAACCGAUGAUUGCCCAGGGCAGAAACCGGUCGUCGACCGUGACUUUGCGGCACGCCUUGAGCGAGCCGGCGCAUGGCCGUCCGCUCCCAGGGAUCGCAGAGUCGUCCAAGCCCGGUUCUAAGACCGUUAAGACCUCAGACGUUGUCGUACCGCCUAUCAACGUGCUCAUUGUUGAGGACAACCCGAUCAACAGGAAUAUUCUGUCCAUGUUCUUCAGACGAAAGAAGAUCAAGCACAAGACGGCCACAAACGGCAAGGAGGCGGUCGAGAUGUGGAGAUCUGGCGGGUUCCAUCUUAUCUUGAUGGACAUCCAGCUGCCCGUCAUGGACGGCAUCGAGGCGACGAAGACCAUCCGCCGCUUGGAGCAGAGCAACAACAUCGGUGUCUUCCCCAGUACGCCCAUCGACCAUCCACGCAACUCGGAGGAGUCGGGCGAGACAGCUGCGCCACCACAGUCGCCCUUUCGGUCGUCGGUCAUUAUCGUCGCGCUCACCGCCUCGUCGCUGCAGACUGACCGUGUCGCAGCUCUUGCGGCGGGAUGCAACGACUUCCUCACCAAGCCCGUAUCGCUCAAGUGGCUCGAGAAGAAGACGAUCGAAUGGGGUUGUAUGCAGGCGCUCAUAGACUUUGACGGCUGGCGGCGGUGGAAGAGCUCGGAGCCGUCCGAGACCAAGCUCGCCUUCCAAACUGCGCCACAGGCUGCUGCGCGGUCGGUCGCAAACCGCCUGCGCUUAGACCCGAGCCGCACGAGGGCGGGCGCCAAGGCGAUCAAGGACGCCGAGAUUCCUGUCAAGCCUAAGACGUCGGAGGCUAAGCCCGAGGUGUUGGAUUGCCAGCCCUCCGAGAUACAGGUGACAGCGCCGACGCCACACGCACAGUCGCCCGAGGUUGUGCCAGACGCAAAGCCGCCCGAGGACCAGCCAAACAUGACGAACGCCAAGGCGCCCAACGUCAACAAGGAGGAGAAGGAGAGUAUAGACGCGCUGGGGCUCGAGAAGCCCCUCCCCGCGUUACCUGUCGAGUAA